AUGAAAGUCUAUUCGAUACUUGUAUUCCAUAAAGACUCAAGUGGUAGAGCUAAACCACUGAAAUCGGCAUUCGAUCUUGCCAGUUUUAGUUUCUUUCAACGAUCCUCUGUUCAGGUUAAUUUUGACAUUGUUUUAUUUGUUGAAAUUUUUCCUUCUGUUCGAACCGUUGAUGUGAACUCUUUCAACGUGUUUAAAUUACAGGAAUUCAUGACUUUCACUGGUAAAUUAUUGGUGGAACGCGCAGCGUUAUCCAGUCGAAAUUCAGUCAAAGAGAACGAAUACUUUUGUCACAGGACAGACUGUGGGCCGCCGAAACCUCAAAAAUGGUCAUUUCAGUUGACAAUUAAAACCGAAAAAGACUGUACGUACACUGGACUUCCAGCGUUGUUAGCCAAGUGGCAAAAUCCACGUGAAGCGGAUGCUAUGACACGAGUUCAAGAAGAGGUUGAAGAGACAAAGAUUGUCUUACAUAAUACAAUACAAUCGGUACUCAAUAGAGGCGAGAAGUUGGAUGAUUUAGUUGCGGCCAGUGAGGGUUUAUCAAAUCAAAGUAAACUCUUCUAUACGCAAGCAAGAAAAAUGAACAAAUGUUGUAGUUGGACUUAG